AAAAUUCAGUACCCAACGAGUGCGCAUGCGCUUGAAAAAGUGCGAAUUAAGCUUAAAUUUUUUUACCGGCACUGCUUGGCCAUGGCCACCCCUUAAGUCACAAACUAACAACCCUUGCAUGCAAGACGCCAUUUUGUUGUUGUGUAGGUGCAUCGUCUUCGACAUCAUUUUUGCAGAAUUCCUAACUUUAUAAGUGAUUUUGGAUAAAUCGGAGUACACAAACUCCCAUUCGUCUCAGCUGGAAGUUGAGCGUGUGUCCCAUGACACAGAGAAUUUUGUUGCAUUCGCUAUAGAAAUCGGAUUGCAGGAUCCCCCUGAGGGAUGGUACUUGGCACAUUGCCUUGAUGUAAUUAACAUUACUAUUAUGUACACCAGACAUUGUCUCUUUCCUGAAAGACGCAAGCGAAGAUUUAAGCCAGUAUUUGUGCAAGAGAUAUUUGGCCCCAAACAAGAGAUUUAUGGGUAUCACAACUUACAUGUAGACAUUUAUUAUCUUGCAAACUCUGCCAGAUGUUUUGUGGAUGUAAGAUACACUGGUAUCGCAAAACCUCCUUUACAACCUGCACCAGAUGAUAUUGUAAAACAGUUAUCUCCUUGGCUUCCUUGUGAUUACAAAACUGAUGAGUUUUCAUUCUUGAUAAAGCUUUGCACAGAAAGACGUACCCAAAUGUUCGGUACAGAGGUGGAGAGAGUACAGAUCUAUAAUCCAACUGACAGUGCUUCUUAUAAUUACAUUUUUACAAGCUGCCGAAAUGACGAUCCUCAAUUUAAGGAAUUUCACGCUCGCUUUCAGACUAUGACAGUUUGGUUUUUUAAGAAACCUAGGCUAAUUGAUGUUGAGGAUCCGAACUGGCUCUUCAUUUAUGUAUAUGAAGAAAGGACAGAAGAGAAGAUGGAAGGCGUUUAUCCUGUAGGAUUCAUUACAAUUCACAAAUUUUUAUCUUUUCCUGAUGGAAUUAGAGCGCGGAUCUCGCAAUUGUUCGUUAUGCCACCAUGCCAGCGAAUGGGUAUCGGUACCCAUCUACUACGAAAUGCGUAUAAGGAAGUCGCAGCUCUUGAUAAUAUUGUUGAAAUCGUUGGUCAAGAACCGAAUGACGCAUUCUCAGGUUUACGGGAUAUGCUGGAUUGUGAAUUACUCAUGAAAUUUCAACAAUUUAAUUGUGAAAAUAUACAUCAGGGUUACAAAGUCGACAUGUACAAGGUGGCCAACCAUGCCUAUAAAUUAAACAAGCACCAAGUGAGACGUGUCUAUGAAAUAUUAAGAAUGGCGUACAUCGAGUGUAACAUGGUCGAUGGAAACUACGAACUACUUCUAGAUGAAAUUUCAAACCGUUUAAAGACUCCUUUUAAGAAACGGAUUCGCAUUUUCACCAAAAUCUUACAGAACUAUCCAGAUGACCACAAAUUCCAGCAAUAUUUACAAAAAUUAUACGCAGUAUUAGAUGUUAAAAUUAUUACAUAUAUGAAUAGCAUCCAAAUGGCAGCAACAUUAUUCAGUGCAAAACUUUUAAAGCCAAGUUUUGAGUGAUCGAGAAAAAUGAAGUAGGUAUUUUUGUUAUGUUGUAUUUAGGAAACGUACCUACUACGAAAUUGUGUUACUGUGUUAAAAACGAAGUUUAUCUAUGUUAUA